CUGGGCGGCGGAGGAUCGUCCUCUGGAGCAGAUUGAGGCGGAGAGGGACGGGAGGCGCCCGCGCCCCUCCCGCCAGCCUCCUCCCGCCUUUUUGCAUUCUCCCUCCCUCCCUCCUUCUCCCUCUCCUGCGCUUCGUAGCCGCUGACGCUCCGCUUCCCGCCUAUUAAUCAUCCCUCAGAGCCGGCGCGCUGCAAUUAAUGCCAGUCGGACUCGCGGCGGCGCACGGCUCCCGCUCCUUGCCGGCGUUCUUGCUGUCGCCACUUCUGCCGCCGCCGCCGCCGCUCCUAUGCUGCCGGGCUGCGAGAGGAAGGAACCCAGUUGUGCCAGGAGGAUGCCGAGCGACGGGGUUGCUGCCGGGGCGCCCGCGCUGCUCUGAACUCAGGCGGACGGGGCGGAGGAUGGCCCCUGCGCCAGGGUCGCGGGCGCUGGAGGCAUGGACUCGUCGGCAGGCGGCAGGAACUCCUCGUCGGGCUCCCCCGGCCCCAACGGCACGGUGAGCGGCGGCGGCCCCGGCGGCGGCGAGUCGCAGGGCGGCAGCGCCAUCCUCAUCUCCUUCAUCUACUCGGUGGUGUGCCUGGUGGGGCUGUGCGGGAACUCCAUGGUCAUCUACGUGAUCCUGCGCUACGCCAAGAUGAAGACGGCCACCAACAUCUAUAUCCUCAACUUGGCCAUCGCGGACGAGCUGCUGAUGCUCAGCGUGCCCUUCCUGGUCACCUCCACGCUGCUGCACCACUGGCCCUUCGGCUCGCUGCUAUGCCGCCUGGUGCUCAGCGUGGACGCAGUCAACAUGUUCACCAGCAUCUACUGCCUGACGGUGCUCAGCGUGGACCGCUACAUCGCCGUGGUGCACCCCAUCAAGGCGUCGCGCUACCGCCGGCCCACCGUGGCCAAGAUGGUCAACCUGGCCGUCUGGGGGCUGGCCAUCGUCAUCAUCCUGCCCAUCAUCAUCUUCUCCAAGACGGAGACCAACACGGACGGCACGGUGGCCUGCAACAUGAUGAUGCCCGACCCCAAGCAGAAGUGGCUGGUGGUCUUCGUGGUCUACACCUUCCUCAUGGGGUUCCUGCUGCCCGUGGUGGCCAUCAGCCUCUGCUACAUCCUCAUCAUCGCCAAGAUGCGCAUGGUGGCGCUCAAGGCCGGCUGGCAGCAGCGCAAGCGCUCCGAGAGGAAGAUCACCCUCAUGGUCAUGAUGGUGGUCAUGGUCUUCGUCAUCUGCUGGAUGCCUUUCUACGUCGUGCAGCUGGUCAACCUCUUCGUGGAGCCCGACGACGCCACCAUCAGCCAGCUCUCGGUCAUCCUGGGCUACGCCAACAGCUGCGCCAACCCCAUCCUCUACGGCUUCCUCUCGGACAACUUCAAGAGGUCCUUCCAGAGGCUGCUGUGCCUCAGCUGGAUGGACACUGCCACCGAGGAGCCCGUCGACUACUACGCCACCGCCCUCAAGAGCAGGGCCUACAGCGUGGAGGACUUUCCCCCCGACAACUUCGGCGAAGCGGGCAGCACGUACAGAAACGGGACUUGCACCUCCAGGAUUACGACCCUCUGAGGACAGAGCUUGCCAGGCUCCCCAUGGCAAGGAGAGAAGCCAAAGCAGGGCACGGGGGCAGAGUCAGGCAGGGGAGAGAAGGGCAUUGCCGCCGGGAAGGAGAGCAGCAGCAGCAGGCUGGCCCAUGAACAGGGGGCAAUGUGCGGCUCCCCCCGCCCCGUUCUGCCCCGCUGCUGGUGGCUAGUCGGACCCUCCGCAUCCCUUCCGUCGUACUUGCAGCUGCUUCGGACAACCUGGCUAAUCGGCCCACAGGUCUCUCAGGAGGCUGGGCCAGCGAGUGUGUCUAGUUGGUGUGGGGUCUUCUGCUAAAUUGUUCUCCUGAGCGGAUUCUUUGGCCCGUGUCUUGCUUCUCUGGUGCCCUAUCAAGCUGAGGUCUGUUGGGCUGAGGUCUGCGUGUUCAGGGACCCUGUGCCAAAGCCCUGGGCCCUGUUCGUGGCGCCUGCCUGCCUUCCUUCCUAGAAACUAAAUCAGGACCUAGGUUGUCAUUUCUUUCAAGCAGCGCUUGCUUUCUAGAGGGGCCAAGGCUCAGAGACGCCCCCUAGUUUAGCCCCACCCCAUAUUCACAGAUAUAUGGAUACUGCCUUUCUUAAUGCACAGGUUGGAAAACACUCUGGACAUGUUCAGAGGUGCUCCUCCUCUUUAUUAGUCACAUGGGCUGAGCAGGGGCGUUUAAAACAAGGCUCCAGGGCUGAGCCCCGACCAGCCUUGAUUGAAACUGAGCCCUGGUUUCAUAUCCUUACACAUCUCAGCCUUGGUAAAGGAAGCGCUCCUGUGUGGCCAGAAUCCUUUCUUUCCCUUCUCCCCAACCGCAGGGGACGAGGAUUUUGGCGGGGCGGGGGGUGUUUCACAGGCAAAUAACCCCUGGGACAGCAGAAAACCUAGAUCCAUCUCGAAGCAACCCCACUGGAAGCUAAACAUUGGAUAACUUUGAUCGAAAACGCCCUUCUUUUCUUUUUUCUCUUCUCUUUUCCACUACGAAUAUCUGAAUGGCAUUCAGUAGCCUAGCGCUCAAGGGGAAAUGGCAGUCCAUUUGGAAAGGGAAAGGAAACUGGGCUGCCAGAAAACGAGGCGAUUAUUUCAUUAUCUCGCAGCAACAGCAGGCGGCUGAUAAGAGCGAGAUAAAUAGUCUCCCCUCGCCAGCCACCCCCAGCCAUGUUUCCUCCCCGGCGACUGUCAAGAGCCGAAUACUGGGCUCCCAGGGAUGUUUGAUCUGGGAAACGUUUCGCUCUGUGGGUACAUAUCAUUAAGGUGUGCAAAUAAAGCGGUUAAAGAGCUGCACGCAAGGUUAUUGUCCUGGGCUGUGCGACGCUUGGCGUGAACGAUUCCGGGGAGGGGGAAAGCGGAGUUGCCACUGUAAGGAGAAAGGAACAAGCGAGCCCGGCAAAAACGGGAGAGUUUAUCUCAAAGUCUCAUGAAGAAUCCAACAUUACUUUGGCUACGAUCCGCAAAGUACUGGCUGGUAGUUGCUCUGGAGACAUAUAACUGAUGUUGACUUUUAGAGGCAUUUCCCCUGUUAAGUGAUUUGGGGAGUAGAGCCAAAAAGGCACAUGCAGUUAUUCAGUAGCAGUUUUGGGUAAGCCAUUAACAUAUAAGAAUAUAAUUGCCUUGCCAAAUCAGCCUAAGAGUUUGCCUAGUCCAGCACUCUAGUUCCAGCACUGGCCAGCCAUAUAGCACAGGAAGCUCAGGGGCAGAAUCUGAUGUAAUAAACUAUAGCUACGCCAUCCUUUUUGGCCCCAACAUUCAGCUGUCAUCAGAGGGACACCAUCUAUCUGUAAGCUCUGGACAGCUCUAGACAGAGUAUGUAAUUGCAGCAGGAAACAUGCCAGUGUUUUCUUCAGCUAGCAUAAUAGGUAGAGCUGCCAAUGGAAGUUCCCUUGGGCUUGCCGUGGGUAUAGCAGUAUCCUUCCUAUUAUCAAGAUGCAUCUUUCCUUCAGGAGGGGCUAAAGGGAAGUUGAAGAACAGGAGAACUGCCAAGCAGAGUCAAACUGCCCCAUCUGACCAAAUAUCCUGUCUCUGAAGUAGCCAGGCUCAGAUCCUACCAUAUAUAAAUGGUACAAGAACAAGGUGCUGGGGUGGGGAGAGAUCCAGCCCAUCUUUUUCAUUCCCAAGCCACAGGAACUUGGGGAAACUUUUGCAUUAUUUUUGCAUUAUUAUCCCUCUUCAUUAUUACAUUUUUAAUACACUGUCCAAGUGCUUCUCUAUGUGUUGGAUUUCUAAGGAUCUUGGUUUUAAAUGUGAGCCCAGUUAGUUCUCUCUCUCUCUCUUUCAUUUUUUAAAACUCAAUAUGUUGUUAUUUCUGUGCUGUUCAAACUAUUCUCUUUGAAACUAUUCUUUUUGAAACAGCUCUUGCUGUGUAUUGAUACUUUGUGGUUAUUCAAGGUUGAGUAACAAAUGUUCAGUAAUAAUUUAGAGGAUGUAUUUGUUGAAGCCACUUCCUUUGAGAAGGAAAACAAAAGAGAACAGUCUUUGGGAAGGAAUCCCUUUGUUCCUUACAUUUCUGUUUCCCUUCUUUUUAUUAUUCUUAUACAUGUUAGGAUUGAGAAAAUGUUUGGAAAUAAGCAACUUAACUGUUUUAUGAAUGACAAUAGCAAAAUAUUAUUUUCUGUUUUACAAUAAUCACAGGUAUAUCCUCUGAUAACAUACUUUUACCUUCCUCUUAGUUUUAACCUGCUUCCUUUGUACUGAAUGAAUGUCCGCUGGUUGUGACUACACUCCAGCCACAUGCUCCAAAUAUUUUCUAUUAAAUGUAAUUUUCAAAUUAUCAGGAGCAUGUACAGAGAGAGAGAGAGAGAGAGAGAUUGAGAACAGGGAUGAAAAUGAAGACAUGACAUUGCUCAAAAUUGUUCGCCUAUGACAUAAAGGAUACUUUGAUAUAAAUGGUUAGAGGACUGUAACCACAGUUGCCUGGUGCCCCUUUAAAACAGUAACAUGUUUUAUCGCAUACCUUAAUGCUGUUAAAUUAUACAUUUCAGAUGUAAAGCGAAAAUGAGUGGGAGGUAAUGUAGUUUAGCACUGCUGCUUGCCCACUUGUUCUUUUAAUUUAAAAGUAAUACCAUAAAAGUUAAGAAGACAUUUAAGAUAUCAACCUUUACUGGAGUAUAAUGAUACAUCAGCUUAUUGCUAUUUUUAUUUAUUAUUUAUAUUGUGCCAUCAGUGUACACAGGGGUGUGUGUGUGUGGUGUGUGUGUGUGUGUGUGUGUAGCAAAACUGGACAAGUCUUUGCCUUCAGGAGCUUAAGGGCAUGAUCCAGCCAAAGUUAAAUGUUUUUAAGGCACAUAGACUCAUGAAAGAUUUGCGUCCAAUCUUACCAUUUUUAUUUGGCAGUAAAUCCCAUGUUGUUCAAUGGUGCUUAUUCCCAUCGAAGAGUCAUAGGAUUGCAGCUUAAGCACAUGAUUAACACUCCCAUUGAAAUCUCUGGGACUUAAAGCACUUAAUUUUGGCUGGAUACUACCCUCCAUUUUGUCAGUAGGUAAGAUAAGAAAAAGGGAAAGGGGAAGAGUGAAAGGAAAAGGCAAGGGAAGAAUGUGAGCAAGUGUAGUUACAUGAAAUUAGACUUGCUUUCACUUGGGGAUGUGAUGGACCUCAUUUGGACAAAACCCCAGGCCAUUUCAUACAACUAUCACACCAAAGGUGUGUGUGUGGGGAUGCUGCAAAACAUCUGGUAAUAAUGUCAAUCCAUAUCCUAUGGAAUUAAGACAGAGAAUUUCCAUUCUUAAGAGACAGGAUAGAUCCUUUCAUUACUGAAACCACCAACAUGAAGAUAUUGCAUCAUGCUUAAAGCUUUUGAUCUGUAUUUCGGUCCCUUCACAGUUUUGUGGAUCAUUCAUUUGAAUUUUUUUCUUUGAUAUUAACCUGUUUGCUAACGGUACUGUCACUCUCAGAGCUUAUAGAAGUAACUCCCCUUUCAGAGUCUUUACUAACAUGCUACUGAAAUGAAAUGAAUCAUCAAGAUGUUUAGAACAGACAAAAACCUCAUUGUACCAUUUUUAUUUUAUUUUAUGUUUACAUUUUUAGAACUGCAUUUCAAAUCUGGAUCACUUUUCUUAAGGGUAUUGAUCUAGUGCUCUUAUGCUGUCAUUUCCCCUCAGCAAUACUGUAAUUCAGUGUUAGCUUAAUAAACAGAUAUAUUAAACACUC